AUGUGGAUUAACUCAGCCGAAGAAUUAUGGAAGGAAUUGAAGCAUAGGUACAGUCAUGGUGACGUGUAUAGAAUAGCAGAAUUGGAGGAAGAAUUAUUUGCAACCAAGCAAGGAGAUGCAUUAGUAACUGCCUACUAUACUAAGCUGAAAUCGAUUUGGGAGGAAUUGGAAAAUUUUCGUCCAAUUCCAAACUGUUCAAGAUGUGUGGAGAAGUGCAAUUGUGAGGUGAACAUAAUGAGAGGCUACAAGGAAGAAUCUAGAACAGUUAGGCUUUUGAGAGGUCUUAACGAACAAUUUUCAAUUGUGAGAUCCCAGAUCAUGCUGAUGGAGCCGUUACCUACGGUGGAUGUAGCCUUUGCAUCUUUAUUGCAACAAGAGCGGCAGCUGAACCUGAAUGAAGUAAUGGAAGAAAAGGCAUUGUUAAUAAAUUCAAGAAAUGAAAAUAGUAGCACAAACACAAGAGGAAGAGGCAGAGGCAGAGGGGGAAGAGGCUAUGGCAACAAUGCAAAGAAUGGAAGAGGUUCCAAACAAUGUUCUCAUUGUGGCAAGCAUGGUCACUUGGCAGACACAUGCUACAAAAAGCAUGGCUUCCCCCCUCAUUUCAAGAACAAUGGAGCCAUGAUCAACAACAUGGUUGCUGAAGAUGAUAAUGAAGUAAGCAAUCAAUCUCAGAAGGAAGAACUUGGCAAAUCUGAGCCAUAUUUCACCUUAGAACAAAAGGAGGCUUUGCUUGCUCUUCUGAACCAAUAA